UGCUGGAAUACCACUGCCUCCAUCUGUUAGUGUGUCUGUGUUACUGUGUGGUACUUUUACUUCAGUAAAGUAUCUGAUUACUUCUUCCACCACUGAAAGUCACACAGUAACACAGACACACUAACAGAUGGAGGCAGUGGUAUUCCAGCAGCUCCUGGUUAAAUCCCUGUUUUUCUCUAUGGAGUCUGGUAGUGAUAUAUAGAGAUGUUUCUGGUUAUUACUCUUUAAUAAGAAGCUCUGUCUCUGUAGGAAUCCUAUCAUCAAUGUUGUCAGACUCUGAGAAAAACAAUCUGAGUCUGAACUGAUUAGAAAGAGGUUUUGUCUCAUUUACAUCCAAAAUAGUAAAAAGCACCAGGUUUGUGUGGACAUAGUUUGAUUAAACUGAUGUUAAAUACAUGUUGGAUCAUAGGUUGGUUCUUCUUUGUUUUACAUGUAAUCAAUAAUUAAAAUCAGCGAUCAAUAUCUGAUCUGUUUGUAUUAAUUUAUCUGCUCUGGCCUCUCGUCUUCUGAUCAGAAUCACAGGCCAAUAAAGAGGAACUGACAGUGGUGGAGCGAGGUAAAUCAUGUGUGUGUGUGAGAGAGAGAGAGAGAGGGUGAGCGAGGUAGUGUGUGUGUUCAGUGGGGAGAGAGAGAGUGGGUGAGCGAGGAACAGUCCGACUGUCCUCUGAUUGUUUCUGAUGUGUUCAGUUGGAGCUGAGCUGCUUCACAUCACAAAGCAAAAGACUCUUAAUUAAUUAACGUUGUUUAUUAACUGUUAUUUUUAAUUAAGGCUUUAUUCAGUCACAUUUAGUUUCUGGAUUAUUUCACCUCUCCAGCACAGAGUCGAGUGUCACAGGUGAGUUUAUAUUCUUCAGAUGUGUUAUUGAUCUUUGAUUUUUAUUUCAGGAAACUGAGUGUUUAUUAGAGUUUGGAUGUUUUCAUUUUCUUUCAUAUUUAUGAGUAGAUAAACGUAUCAGUUGCAGUGUUUUAUGUUUAGUUUUUAUUGAACACAUUUUAAUUUUAUUGUAUUUUUUGAAUAUUAAUUUGAUGAAAAUUCAGCGUUUCCUCUGAAUUCAUCCACAGAAAUGAAAUCCUCCGCUCCCUCCACCUUCAGAUCACAAUUAAGUAAUUAUUUAAUUAAAAUAAUAACAGAGCAUUUACAUACCUGCAUAUGCAUCCAGUAAUAUAAUACGUGGAAGUAGGAGAGGUAUGUUCUCCUCACCAGGACAGAUUCAGAAAUAUUAGAAAUAUUCUACAAAAAGGAAAAUGAAAGAGGAUUCUUUUAAAAGGAUUGGACUCUAUUGUUAAAUAAAAUAAUUAUUGUUUGUUGUACUUUAUUUUAAUUUAAUAUUUUCAGUCAAAAAAUUCUUGAAGACUCAAACUUCAUCAGUGAAUUUAAAACAUGUUGAGUUAAUGAUGUGACGAUGAUGUUUUAUUGUUUCUCAUGUUAAUUUACAGACGUAUGUGGUGAAUGCAGAAAAAAGGAAAAUAUUCAUCCCCAAAAACAUUUCUCACCACACUGUCGACAUCAGGACACACUUCAUUCAAAAAGUGUAAAAUAAUUCAGUUUGUUUCUGAAUCUGCUGAAACACAAUAGAUCGACAAUAAAUAAAAAAUAAUUCCUGUUAAUAAGAAAACUGUUACUGAGUGUGGCUUUAAAAAAGAAGGAAAAUAAGAUUUAAUUCUUUAAUGACUCAAAAUAUUAACUGAAUGAUUAAAAAGAUUCAGUCAUGAAAUAAACGAUGAUGAUGUGUUAAACUGAAAAUAUUAGAAUUUAAUUUGAGACUGAAACGUUUAAAAUCAGUCAGAGGUAUUUUAAACUGUUAGAAGAGAAAUUUCCCUCUGAUUCAGUUUUUUCUGACGUUGUCGGUGGAGUAGAGGAUUUCAUGUGAAAACAGCCUCAGCAGAACUGAACCUGUUAAAGGUCGGUUCGUCCUCGCUGCGAUCAGUCCUGGUGAUCUGUGAUGUACUGAUCCUUUAACACCAGUAUUUAGCCUCAGAGCUUUGGUUCAUAUUUUAGUGGACGGUUGCAGGAUUUGUUUUAAAUGUUGUAGAAUAAUUCACAAGGAACCUGAAGUAUUUUUUUCCACUGGAUGAAAAGGACGAUGUUUCAGUUUUAAAUAUUUCACUCAGGUCUGGAUCUGAUCAGUCCCAGCGUUAAAAAAAAAAAAUCUAAUGUAUAGGUUCUCCUCAUGGCCCGUCAGGGUCUGGACCGCGACCUCUGUGGUGUCCUGUGGAUCCUUUGGGUCCUGUGGGUUGCAGGGUGGAGGGCCUUCAUGGAUCUGGCUUAUUCUGGAUUAUCACACAGAUGCUGGAUCAGUUUGGGCCGGGUCAACACGCUCUUUGUUCCUUCAGACAUUUGUGAGCAGGUUUUGUGGUGGGAGCAUUGUCCUGCUGUUUUAAACCUGAAUAAAAACCAGUCACCAGUCAGCCGGUGCUCGUGUCUCAUGUCAGGUCUAAUUUCCUCAGAGACUGUUUUAUUUCAAGGCAGGACAAAUCAGUUCAGACUCCAAAGAACGUUUGUGUCAAAAAGUCAUUGAGGAAACCGUUGAUGAUGUUUUAGACGUAAUUUCCUUCUAAAUCUGUUAUUUGGAGAAUAUUUGUGACGAACAUGUGAUUAGUUUGAAAAGGUGUUUUUGUCUGAAAUGAAGAAAACAUUUAGUGGUAACUGUAUUUGUUUGUCAUUGUUACUGACGCAUUUUACAGCAAUUAAAACUGAAGUUCCUGUUUGGGUCAAAUAUUUUGGUAAAUUUGUGAUUUGAAGGUUUUCGAGAACUGAUGAAAAUGUAGAGGACGUUAUUGGUUUAUCUUUUGGUCCUUGACUUAAAAAAUGUGUGAAUUUAAAAGACUUGAAUUUUAAGGCCGUUAAAACCAAAGUUAUGUCCUCGCUGAGGCUAAGACAGAAUACAUCAACAAAACCAGUCUUUACUGACAUUUCUCUGAUGGAUGUAGAGAGUUCCAGACAACGGCCUGCUGAAGACCAGUCAGGGGCGUUCAGGUGCUCCUUUUAGCUGUAUUUUUUAAGUGUUCAUCAGAAAUGUUAAAGAAUACACAUCAACAUCUGGUGGACUCAGAGGAAUAAAAAUUUAGAUUAUUGUCGACUUCAAACCAAAACCUUUUCAUAAACCACGUCCUCAUUAAGGCUUCACUUCAACCCAACCAGGCCAAGAACUGGACGCCAUCAGUGCCUUCGUCCUGAGGUCAGUCCUCAGUUAACAUGUCUCUGUUUGUGUCUCCAGAUGAAGGUGGAGGGUUUACAGGAGGACGGGGAGUCUGGUUCUGUGUCCUCAGUGGACCGGACCAGCGGUGGUGGUUCCGUCGUGGCCGCCGUUCGUAGCCCCGGCGCCGCCGAACGCUGCAUGUCACGGCUGCUGAGCGCGGUGGAGAGCGAGCUACAGGCCGGCAGGGAGAAGGGCGACCCGACGGAGAGGGAGCUGAGGGUGACGCUGGAGGACGCCGAGCUGUGGAGGAAGUUUCAGCACAUCACCAACGAGAUGAUCGUUACCAAGAACGGACGCCGGAUGUUUCCGGUCCUGAAGGUCAGCGUCUCGGGUCUGGACCCCAGCUCCAUGUACUCCUUCCUGCUGGACUUCGUGCCGGCCGACGGCUGCCGCUGGAAGUUCGUGAAUGGGGAGUGGGUGGCGGCCGGGCGGGCGGAGGGGCGUGGCGAGGGGCGGGGCCACGGCGGCAUCUACAUCCACCCGGACUCACCCAACUUCGGCGCUCACUGGAUGAAGGCGGCGGUGACGUUCAACAAGGUCAAACUCACCAACAAGGUGAACGGAGGAGGACAGAUCAUGUUGAACUCCCUCCAUAAGUACGAGCCUCAGCUCCACAUCGUCUGCGUCGGCUCUCGUCAUCGUCUCGUCUCCAACGUUUCCUUCAGAGAGACUCAGUUCAUCGCCGUCACCGCCUACCAGAACGAGGAGAUCACUGCUCUGAAGAUCAAAUACAACCCGUUCGCUAAAGCUUUCCUGGACGCUAAAGAGAGGAACCCGGGCGGGCGGAGUUUACCAGAGUCGUCAGAGAGUCGAGUGUCAGGGAUUCAACCCUGCUGGUCACUGUGCUCGGCCGGAGGGGGCGGGGCUUUCCCGUAUGGCGGCAGCCUCCCUCUGACGUCACAUCACCAUCACCACGGUUACAAACACCAUGGUUACCCCGGGCGACACACACCUUACCCCGCAGCCUACCUGCCGCACCGCUCACACUCCUCAGUGUGUCUGUCUGAAGGUGUGCAGGUGUUAUCAGACGGGUGGAGCAGCUCCUCCCCUCGCCCGGCCUCCUCCUCCACCUCCUCCUCCUCCCUCCCUCUGACCAGUAGCGCUCCUUCAUCACAGCCUCCUCCUCCUCACAGCUCCAGUCAGUAUCCCUGCCUGUGGACGGUCGGCUGCAGUGAGAUAAGCCCCUCCCACUCCCCGUGCACUGCUCUCCACGGACCAAUCAGCAGCGAGAGCCUCAUGCAGCCUCCCAAUCACGGCAGAGUGGGCGGUGCUGGGUGGCCUCCUGGCUCCACCCACUCUUUCUGAGGAGGGAUCUGAUUGGUCGAACAGAUCAUUCAAACAAUUCACAGGUUUCUACUGGUUUCUACUCAUGACUGCUAAUAAAUAUCAGUGGUUAGUUGUUUAUUACAGGGACGGCUGGUAACCAUGGUAACCACUGGUAAUCACGGUAACCACUGGUGGCCUUGUUUGACAGCAGGUAGUUGUCUGUGAUUUCUGCCUCUACAGGUGACUGUUGGUAAACUAACAGCAGCCACUGGUUGAUAUUGAUCACUGCUGAUAUUUAUUGAUUACUGGUGUACACAGGUGAUGUUCAGGUGAUGUUCAGGUGAUGUCCAGUCACCAGCAGCUGGUGAUCUGUUAUUUAUUGCAUGUAAAUAUGAUUUUAUGUUAAAAGGAGUGAAAACAUUGACUCCAUCCACAGUGGUGUUGGUGUUACGGCGCCCCCUGUUGUUCAUGUAUCCUGGAUCCUGUCUUUAUUUAAACCUGAGUACAGACGUCUGUGUGAAGAGGAGGAGAAAAUAAGAACAGAUCUGUCCAGUGUUGUCGUUUCAGCUGCUGCAUGUUGGUUGUUGUUUCUCUGCUCGUGAUCGUUUCUGAAAAGAAGAAAUAAAAAACACGUCACAUUAAAAUCUAUGGUUUCAUAUCUGCUGCCUGUGGAGACUCUGGAUUCUGCUCUGCUCUGUGCUGGUGUUUGUCGCUGCAUGAAGUUUCCAAUAUGGACGACACUGUGAUUCUGCUCUGUGUCAAUAAAGGUUGAACAACA